CGAUCGCGCGCGCGGAGUCAGUAGAGUUUCGGUCUCCGUUCAACGUGGUACACCGGGCUGUUUCGUCGCCGUCGUUCGGAAGUUCGUACACGUCUCUCGGAAUUUCGUGGUGCGUGUUUUUUUGCUCUCGCUUAGCGCGGCAAGCGAAACGGGAAUUGAACGUGGCUCGUUUGGAAUUGUGAAUUUUGUGUGUGGUUGGGAUCGAUUGUGAUUGUGCAUAGAUUUGGCGAAUGAUUUUGAAGAGAGAAGAUUUAUAUUUUUUUGCGGAAUUGAAUUCCACGUGAUAGUGUUGAUGAGCAUUUGUCGAGGCGAGUCUUAUCAGUGUUUGGAACGCCCAGAAAGGUGAUAAGAAAAUUGUUGUUGGAAGGUGUAUUACACGAGUGAAUUUUGCUGCAGUGUUGAUGAAGAAUUUUUGAAGAACGCUGAAGAAGAGGCAUCGCUGAAGAGAGAUUAUCACGAGUGAGCUAUCGGUCGAAAAAAAAAGUUUCUCAAGCUGAUCAAGGCUGUUUCAAUCAAAAUUGUGUUUUCAUUUGCAUUAUCAGUUCAAUUGGUGAUUUCUGAGUCAUUGGCAAUAUUGAUAGCUGAAAGCAGUGGUGGUAUGCGUUACAACCUUUAAGUUCUGUUUUUAAUUUGGUAUUUGAAAUAAAAGAAGAAAAAUCCAGUGUUUGGGGACAUUGUCCCGGAAGAAUUCGCAAACCACAAAAGCCGGCCCCAAAAUAGCCGGCUUAUCCAAAAUUCUAAGGGUUUUCCCACCAGGGGAAAACAAAGCUUCAUCCCACUAAUAGGAUUCAUAAUUAGUGCCAAAGGAAGCGGAAAGCCACAAGUCCAGUAUUUCGGUGUAAAAAGAGCUCGCAGACAGAAAACGAGAGUUCCAGACCGGAAAAAACAGCAGCAGCAAACCCAAAAUCGAAAGAACCCUAAUCUGUCGGCGGGGAGAGAGCCAAAAUAACAUUUGUCGUCGUUGGACCACCCACCUCCCACUUUUCUGGCGAAUCCUGGAAAAAGAGCUGUGCAGGGCGAGUGUAUGUGCACUUGGCUAGCAGUGUAGAGCACCGCGGACAGCGAGAAGGAUUAAUUUCCAUAAAUCUAAUAUGAUUAGAUAUCGAAUCAACCGUCGAAGGACCUUUCUGGAUUAGAGUGACCCUACCCAGUCUCUCGCCAGGCAGUCCAAAUGAAUAAAGGUGACGACUAAUUGUAACAUAAUGGAAUACAAGCACACCUUGGAGGAGUCCGUCGCCGUCGUCCCACCAAGCAGCCCAGCGAGAAGCCCGCGUCGUCACCUGAGCACCGUUCCACGACCUGGAAGUGGCAGAAGCAACCUGCAGCUGUACGGAAGAUGAGCAGUUGAGAGAGAGAGAGAGACUUUGUUGUAAUCACAGUCUGCUGGCAACACUGGAACAAAGGCAGAAGAAAACGCGAAAGAUCUUCUACGCGAGAUUAUAAAAGACUGUAACACCACCCUGGUAGAGGACACCAAAAUCGAAAAAUAAAUCCCUCAAAUCAUGACACCCCUUGCCAUGUACGCGUGCCUGCUGGCCCUGCUAUCCCUGCUGGCGGCACCCUCCAGCCAGGCCCUGCUCGCCAACUGCCCGCUCGGUUGCUCCUGCGACGACGACACGCUCGAGGUGAUCUGCGGCGAGGGUGGCCUGGACGUGCUGCCGAUCGUGCUAAACCCGUCGCUGCAGCGGCUCGUCAUCAAGAACAACAAGAUCAAGACGAUCGACUCGUCGAUGCAGUUCUACGCCGAGUUGCGGUUCUUGGACUUGAGCUACAAUCAUCUGUUUAACAUGCCACCGAGGACGUUCGCGUAUCAGAAGAAGCUGACGGAGUUGCAUUUGAACCACAACAAGGUUGGGUCGAUCUCGAACAAGACGUUUUUGGGGUUGGACUCGUUGACGAUUUUGAAUUUGAGGGGGAACUUCUUGGACGAGCUGUCGGAUGGGGUGUUUGGAGGGUUGAAGAAGCUGGAGGAGCUGAACUUGGGACAGAAUCGGAUUGGGAAGAUUGAUGCGAAGGCGUUUGAGGGGUUGGUGAACUUGAAGGUGUUGUAUCUGGAUGAUAACACGCUGAGUGCGGUUCCGUCGGCGGCGUUUGGACCGUUGGCGAGUUUGGCGGAACUGUACUUGGGGAUCAACUCGUUCAGUGGGGUGCCGAAGGAUGCUUUUUUGAGUUUGAGCAAGCUGAGCCGGUUGGAUUUGAAGGGAGCGGCGCUGUCGAAUGUGACGGGGGAGAGCUUCAACGGGUUGGAGGGGCUGCGGACGCUGGAUUUGUCGGACAAUCGGUUGAGCCGGAUACCGACGGCGGAGCUGGUUGGGAUGAAUCGGUUGGAGGAGCUGGCGCUGGGGCAGAACGACUUUGAUAGCAUUCCGACGGGGGCGUUCGCCGGAAUGGGGAACUUGAGGAAGAUUGACAUAUCCGGGAGUUUGAAGCUGGCGAGGAUUGAGAGUGGCGCGUUUUCGGCGAAUGCCAACUUGGAGGAGAUUGUGAUAGCGUCGAACAAGGCGCUGGCGGAGAUUCAGGAGGGAGCGUUGAGUGGAUUGCCUCACUUGAGGAAGCUGGUGCUGAAGGACAACGCGUUGACGACUUUGUCAGACGGAUUGUUCUCGUGGAACGAGCUGGUGGAGUUGGAUCUUUCGGAGAACCCGAUCGUCUGCGAUUGUCGGAUACUGUGGUUGAGGACGAUUUUGGUUGCAAAGAGCAACAGCAGCCAGCAGCAGAUUCCGGUUAUAUGCGCUUCACCGGAUCGGUUGCGGGAGCAGGCCUUGCAGGCACUGUCUCCGGAGCUGCUUGGGUGCUCCCACGCUGACCCUCGCCAACAGGCGAUCAUCUGUGCUCUUCUGGUGGCCGCAGCGGCCAUCAUUACGACGCUAGCCCUGGUGAUCUACAAGUGCCGCCGGCGGAUACGAGAGGUGGUCAAGGGCGGCUGGGGCAACAGUGCCAUCGGCCGAAAGGAACGCGAAUACCAGAAGACCUUCUCCGAGGAGGACUACAUGGGACGCCACCCGGGUCACCAUCCGUGCGGUCCCAACGGCCUCGGGGUGCACACGACCACCCUGAACAACUACCAGAUCAACAACCACCACCACCACUCGCACGGCAUCCGGCACAUCCCGGUGACGGAACUAUAGCUAGAGGCUCCCCCUCCACCGCCCCG